AAAACGGAAAUGAACUUCCCGGUGCCAAGUUCACUUGUUCGCCACCAGCCAUCCUCUAUCAACGUCUGCAUUGCUUCAAUACAAAGGAAAAUGUCCAAAGAUCGAUCCGUAAUUGUCAUUUUGUUCUUGGUGGUAUUCGGAUGCUUUCAAUUAGCAUUCGGACAAAACAGAGAAGAUCAAACGGCAUAUCUGUCUACUGGAAGCGGCGGAUUAGGCAACAACAGCCAAGCGGACGGAGAUAGAUCCUCCAAAUUCAUAUCUCUCUUCUCGAUCGUGCGAUUCUCGAACACUCCGUGCACCACAUCGACCGGCCUCAACGGAACGUGUUUCACUUCCUCCGAGUGCUCCAAAAAUGGCGGUACUGCUACCGGAAGCUGCGCAUCAGGAUUCGGAGUUUGUUGUGUGGUUACGAUUCAAACUUGCGGACAAACAACGUCGUUGAAUUCCACCUACUGGCAAAAUCCCGGCUACACUAAUACGUACACUACCGCCGGACAAUGUUCACUCUACGUCACCAAAUCGUCUUCUGACAUCUGCCAAUUGAGAUUGGAUUUCAUUGGAUUUACUUUGGCCAAUCCAGAUACCGCUGCAAAGUUAACUGCUGGCCAGUGUUUGGUUGACGUGUUCACAGUGACUGGCCAAUCCAAUACAGUUCCAGCCAUAUGCGGAAGCAACGCCAAUCAGCACAUUUACAUGGACAUGACUCCGGGAACGCAAACAUUUAGCCUGAACAUGAUUCUUACUGGAACGACAACUUCUCGUUUGUGGAACAUUCGAAUCAGCCAGAUACCUUGUGGAACGUCGUAUACUGCACCUGAAAAUUGUUUGCAAUAUUUUACCGAACCGACUGGAACGAUAACGUCAUUUAACUAUCAGUACGCUACUACACCACUAGUACAACACUUGGCGUAUCAAGAUUACAACAUAUGCAUUCGAACGAACCAGGGAUUCUGUGGCAUUUGUUACGUUGCCUGCACGACGGCAGUGACCAAUGCUGAACCGGCAUUCGCCAUAUCCGGAGUAGACACAAAUGUCGCUGCGGCAGCUUUUGCUGCAGGCACAACUUCUCUAGUGGACACGGAUUGUGGUAACGAUUGGCUGCAGAUUCCUUGCGCAACUGACCAGAUGAACAGCGUUUACACGAAGGCAAGCGUGGCUUCUCCUACGGGACCGACACUUGGCUGCGUGAACAAACUAUGCGGAGUUUUUUUUAGCGCAGUCACGGCAGCCGCCGCCAGUGCCCCAGUUUACAGUUACACGAAGCCAUUUAACAUUUACUUCCAUACUGACGGCAGUGAGUAUGGCAUGGCAACUGCUGACGCAAUAACAACAACUACAGAGAGUUUCGGAUUCUGUUUGAGUUAUACCCAACAAGCUUGUUCAAGCACCGUCUCCGUAACCAGUGGCUAACACUCACUUGCAAAUAGGCAACUAGACUAAUUAUUAAUGCUUUUUAUUGUUCCAUUUAUUUAUCGGCUUUCACGAGAUCCAUGAUUGUACACGUUGCACUUAUUCUUUAAUAAUACCGCUUGAUAAACCUGA